AUGGUGCUGGCUGCAGCCAUGAGCCAGGACGCGGAUCCCAGCGGUCCGGAGCAACCCGACAGAGAUGCCUGCAUUGUGCCCGGUGUUCAAGGGCCCCCCGUGCCCCAGGGCCAGCAAGGGAUGCAGCCCCUGCCGCCACCGCUACCGCCACCGCCUCAGCCUCAAUCCAGCCUGCCCCAGAUCAUCCAAAAUGCUGCCAAGCUCCUGGACAAGAACCCCUUCUCCGUCAGUAGCCAGAACCCUCUGCUCACUUCGCCAGCCAGUGUCCAGCUGGCCCAGAUACAGGCCCAGCUCACCCUCCAUCGGCUGAAGAUGGCACAGACCGCAGUCACCAACAACACUGCAGCCGCGACGGUCCUCAACCAAGUCCUCUCCAAAGUGGCCAUGUCCCAGCCUCUCUUCAACCAGCUUCGCCAUCCAUCUGUGCUCGGCACCACACACGGCCCUACUGGGGUCUCCCAGCACGCUGCCACCGUUCCCAGCGCUCACUUUCCCUCAACUGCAAUCGCCUUUUCGCCCCCAAGCCAGGCAGGAGGCCCGGGGCCUUCUGUGAGCCUCCCCAGCCAGCCCCCCAAUGCUAUGGUAGUGCAUACCUUCAGUGGGGUGGUGCCUCAAACCCCUGCCCAGCCAGCAGUCAUUCUAAGCAUCGGGAAGGCGGGGCCGACACCUGCUACUACAGGGUUCUAUGACUAUGGCAAAGCCACCGGCCAGGCCUAUGGUUCUGAGACGGAGGGCCAGCCGGGCUUCUUGCCAGCCUCGGCGUCGGCCGCAGCACCAGGCGGUGUGACCUAUGAAGGGCACUAUAGCCACACAGGGCAGGAUGGCCAAGCCGCCUUUUCUAAAGACUUCUAUGGACCCAGUGCCCAAGGGUCACAUGCAGCAGGUGGGUUCCCAGCUGAUCAGGCUGGGAGCAUGAAAGGAGACGUCGGUGGGCUGUUGCAAGGUACCAACAGCCAGUGGGAGAGGCCCUCUGGGUUCUCUGGCCAGAACAAGGCCGAUAUCACAGCCGGGCCCGGUUUGUGGGCUCCACCUGCCAGCCAGCCUUAUGAACUAUAUGAUCCCGAGGAGCCUACCUCAGACAGGGCCCCUCCUGCCUUUGGAUCUCGACUUAACAGCAGCAAGCAGGGAUUCAGCUGCUCCUGCCGGCGGACAAAGGAGGGGCAGGCCAUGCUGUCCGUGAGGCCCCUGCAGGGUCAUCAACUGAAUGACUUCCGAGGCUUGGCUCCACUCCACCUGCCACAUAUCUGCAGCAUCUGUGACAAGAAGGUGUUUGACCUGAAGGACUGGGAGCUACAUGUGAAGGGGAAGUUGCAUGCCCAGAAAUGCCUGCUCUUCUCAGAAAGUGCUGGCCUCCGGAGUAUACGUGCUACGGGAGAAGGGACGCUGUCUGCCUCUGCAAACAGCACAGCUGUUUAUAACCCCACUGGAAAUGAGGAUUAUACCUCAACUCUUGGAACGUCAUAUGCAGCCAUUCCAACAAGGGCCUUUGCUCAAUCAAACCCCAUGUUUCCUUCGCCUUCCUCUGGGACGAGUCAGUUUGCACAGAGGAAAGGUGCUGGACGAGUGGUGCACAUCUGCAAUCUCCCGGAGGGCAGCUGCACGGAGAAUGACGUCAUCAACCUGGGGCUGCCCUUUGGCAAGGUCACUAAUUACAUCCUCAUGAAGUCAACUAAUCAGGCUUUCUUGGAGAUGGCUUACACAGAAGCUGCCCAAGCUAUGGUCCAGUACUACCAAGAAAAGCCCGCGCUUAUCAAUGGCGAGAAGUUACUCAUUCGGAUGUCCACGAGAUACAAGGAGUUGCAGCUGAAGAAACCUGGGAAAAAUGUGGCUGCUAUCAUCCAGGACAUCCACUCCCAGAGGGAGAGGGACAUGCUCCGGGAAGCUGACAGAUAUGGUCCAGAGCGACCACGUUCUCGAAGUCCAAUGAGCCGAUCGCUCUCCCCGAGAUCCCACAGUCCUCCAGGCCCCUCUCGGGCUGACUGGGGCAAUGGCCGUGACUCCUACGCAUGGAAGGACGAGGAUCGCGAGACCGUGCCCAGGAGGGAGAACGGGGAAGACAAGAGGGACAGGUUGGAUGUUUGGGCACAUGACCGGAAACACUAUCCCAGGCAGCUGGACAAAGCCGAGUUGGAUGAGCGACUCGAAGGAGGGAGGGGCUACCGGGAAAAGUACUUGAAGUCAGGGUCCCCCGGCCCACUCCAUUCUGCGUCUGGCUACAAAGGCCGGGAAGAUGGCUACCAUCGAAAAGAGCCUAAAGCUAAGUUGGACAAACACCCAAAGCAGCAGCAGCAGCAGGAUGUGCCAGGAAGAUCCAGGAGGAAAGAAGAGGCGCGACUGCGGGAGCCCAGACACCCUCACCCAGAGGACUCUGGCAAGGAAGAGGAUCUGGAGCCCAAGGUCACUCGGGCCCCCGAGGGUACCAAGUCCAAGCAAAGUGAGAAAAGUAAAACCAAGAGAGCCGACAGAGACCAAGAAGGAGCUGAUGACAAAAAAGAAGGCCGAGUGGCAGAGAAUGAGGCUGGGACUGAGGAACAGGAAGGCAUGGAAGAGAGCCCCACAGCGGUGGGCAUACAGCAGGAAGGGACAGAGUCCUCUGAUCCAGAAAACACAAGGACAAAGAAGGGACAAGACUGUGACAGUGGAAGUGACCCUGAGGGAGACAGCUGGUACCCCACCAACAUGGAGGAGCUGGUCACAGUGGACGAAGUAGGGGAGGAAGACUUCAUCAUGGAACCAGACAUACCAGAGCUGGAAGAAAUCGUGCCCAUCGACCAGAAAGACAAAAUCCUCCCCGAAAUAUGUCCCUGUGUAACAGCCACCUUAGGUUUGGACUUGGCCAAAGACUUCACCAAGCAGGGAGAGACCCUAGGGAACGGAGACGCAGAACUCAGCCCGAAGCUGCCGGGACAAGUGCCGUCUACUUCCACAAGCUGUCCCAAUGACACGGACAUGGAGAUGCCUGGCCUAAAUCUGGACGCUGAGCGGAAGCCAGCUGAAAGCGAGACAGGCCUCUCACUGGAGGUCUCAAAUUGCUACGAGAAGGAGGCAAGAGGAGCGGAGGGCUCAGAUGUGCGUCUGGCCCCUGCAGCCCAGCGAAUGUCCUCCCCUCAGCCAGCAGAUGAGAGGGCCCGGCAGUCCAGCCCUUUUCUCGAUGACUGCAAGGCCAGGGGGUCCCCAGAAGAUGGGCCUCGUGAAGUCAGCCCCCUGGAAGAAAAAGCCAGCCCCACUACUGAAAGCGACCUCCAACGCCAGGCUUGCCAAGAAAACUCCAGGUACACGGAGACGAGAUCUCUGAACGCGAGAUCACCAGAAUUCACCGAAGCAGAGCUGAAAGAGCCCCUUUCUUUGCCUUCCUGGGAACCAGAGGUGUUCAGUGAACUUAGCAUUCCUCUAGGAGUGGAGUUCGUGGUUCCCAGGACUGGCUUUUACUGCAAGCUGUGUGGCCUGUUCUACACAAGCGAGGAGGCGGCCAAAGUGAGCCACUGCCGCAGCACUGUACACUACAGGAACUUACAGAAGUACCUGUCCCAGCUGGCAGAGGAGGGACUGAAGGAGACAGAGGGGGCAGACAGCCCAAGCCCCGAGCGCAGCGGGAUUGGUCCACACUUGGAAAGGAAGAAACUAUGAUACCGAGGCUGCCACCGUCUCUGGAAGGUGGAUGGGAAGCCUGCUGAGCUAAGGCCAGCCUGGCCUCAGGGACAGAACUGAGACCAGAGAAGAAGGAGAGCCAGGCAGGACAUGCUGCCUGGGCUUGUUCUGGGAGAUGAGAAGAACACCUUGAAGCCUCUCCAGGAGCUGGCUCCCCCUUCCGGGCCCAGCCACCAAGGGUGACCAGCUUCCCAUGGCCUCCUGAUUCCUUCAGUCUGUUUUUCCUCUCUCCCUCUCACUAUCCCUUCUGUGCCAAAGUUUAUUUCCUUUUCAUAAAACCCAACUUCUCAGGGA